GUUUAUCUCAAACGGUUUACGCAUUUUCGCUUUAAAGCUUGACUUUGUGUUGUACUUGGCCUCAUUUCACUUCAUUCAAACUCAUGUUUCAAGUCAUCUGCCUUGUUGUACUUCAUAUUUGUUGAGCACUUGCCGGUACUCCGAGUAUCCCGCAGCAACUUACUCCGCCGCUCAUAAUAGCUGCACGCCACGGCCGCCAUUCAAUAAAACAACAACUUCUUCCCGUCUAUAGCUUUGAAAUAGCAGACCAAAAUAUAUAAAUUUUCAUCAUGUCAACACCAAACAACAUCAACGCCCAAACCAACCUCAUCUCCCCGCCACCAGCCGUCCUACAUACCCUCAUCUCCUUCCCUGCACCACACAUCCUCCUCGCGACCCUCAACCGCCCCGAAAAACUCAACGCCAUCCCGCGCCCGCAGCACUUUGCCCUCGAGCGCCUCUGGGAAUGGUUCGACGACGAACCAGGCCUGCGUGUGGCCGUCAUCAUGGGGUCCGGACGCGCGUUUUGUGCCGGGGCCGAUUUGAAGGAAUGGGAUGGGAUUAAUGAUGACACAGGCGACCAAGAUCAACAACGGGUCGCAAUGGUAGAAAUGAAGGAAGGAUGUGGAGGAAUUUCGAACUCGAGAAUGCCCCGCGGAGGUUUCGGCGGUAUGAGUAACCGCCCCGGCAAAAAACCCAUCCUAGCAGCCGUCGAUGGCAUCUGUUUUGGUGGCGGCAUGGAAAUGGCCAUUAACUGCGACAUGGUUAUCGCCUCUUCGUCGUCUACUUUUGGAUUGCCCGAGGUGACCAUCGGCGUCAUCGCAUUAGCAGGUGCCUUGCCGCGUCUCGUCAAGUCCGUGGGAAGGCAGAGGGCGGCUGAGAUGGCGUUAGGGGGCAAAGCGUAUACGGCGGAGGAGAUGAGGGGUUGGGGGUUGGUGAAUGAGGUAGUUCAGGUGGGGAAAAACGGGAAGAAAGAGGAGGAAGGGAAGGUUCUAGAUGCGGCGAUGAGAUGGGCGAAGAGGAUCGCGGGGAAUAGCCCUGAUGCGGUGAUUGUAAGUCGGGAGGGAUUGAAGUUGGGAUGGGAAGGCGUUGCGCCGGAUGUGGCAACAGAAAUUCUUACCAAGGGGUGGUACGGGAGAAUGGACAAGGGGGAGAAUAUGGUGGAGGGGGUUAAGAGCUUUGUGGAGAGGAGGAAGCCAGUUUGGAGGGAUAGUAAGUUGUGACAGGCCUUUGUACCAAUAAAGUCGCAGUACGAAUCUAGCCGGAAAUAACGACGCGCUUAGUUUGAUAGGACUUCGUUGAAGUAGUGGGAAGCACGGGCGCAAGCUGUCCACUGCUGGAACUUGGAAGCUUCCAAGGUUCCAAGAUAUAGCUAACUUGUAUAUCAGCAGGAGUUGGAUGAAUUUUAAAGCUUCCCUAUUAAAAGGCGGGGAUAGGCCAUAUAUCAGCAAAGUUUCCGUUUUCGUAGAAACGAGGGCGGUGCAGGG